AUGCCUUUCUUCUUUUCUUUCUUUUUAUCCUCAUCUUCUUCAUUUUCUACUUCCAUCCUAUUCACCAUCCUCUUCUUCUUCCCAUUAUUAUUAUUAUUAUUAUUAUUAUUAUUCCCUCUGCCUUUUCCUUCUUCUUUAUCCUCAUCUUCUUCAUUUUCUACUUCCUUCUUCCUAUUCACCAUCCUCUUCUUCCUUCCCAUUAUUCUUUAUCCUAUCUUAUUAUUCACCAUCCCUCUUCCCUUUUCCUUUCUCCUUCUUUUAUCCUCAUCUUCUUCAUUUUCUACUUCUCCAUCCCUAUUCACCAUCCUCUUCUUCUUCCCAUUAUUAUUAUUAUUAUUAUUAUUAUUAUUCCCCUUCCUUUUCCUUCUUCUUCUUUAUCCUCAUCUUCUUUCAUUUUCUACUCUCCAUCCUAUUCACCAUCCUCUUCUUCUUCCCAUUAUUUAUUAUUAUUAUUAUUAUUCCCCUCUGCCUUUUCCUUCUUCUUUAUCCUCAUCUUCUUUCAUUUUCUACUCUCCAUCCCAUUCACCAUCCCUUUCUUUCUUCCCAUUAUUAUUAUUAUUAUUCCCCUUCCUUUUCCCUUCUUUCUUUAUCCUCUCAUCUUUCAUUUUCACUUCUCCAUCCUAUUCACCAUCCUUUCUUUUUCCUUCCCAUUAUUAUUAUUAUUAUUAUUAUUUCUUCUUAUAUCCUCAUCUUCUUCAUUUUCUCCUUCCAUCCUAUUCACCAUCCUCUCUUUCUUUUCACACAUCCUCAUCUUCCCUUCCCAUUAUUCUUCUUUAUCCUCAUUAUUCUUUCAUUUUCUGCCUUCUCCAUCCUAUUAUCAUCAUCUUAUUUUUAUUUCCCAUAUUAUUCCCUCAUCCUCUUCUUCUUUUCCCAUUCCUUAUUUUUAUUCAUUCUAUUUCCAUUUUCUUCUUUAUCCAUCAUAUUCAUUUUCUUCUUCCAUCCCAUUCACCAUUAUUAUUCUUCCCAUUAUUAUUAUUAUUAUUAUUAUUCCCUCUUCCUUUUCCUUCUUCUUUAUCCUCAUCUUCUUCAUUUUCUACUUCUCCAUCCUAUUCACCAUCAUCUUCUUUCUUCCCAUUAUUAUUAUUAUUAUUAUUAUUAUUAUUAUUCUUCCCCCUUCUUUUCCUUUAUCUUCAUCUUCUUCAUUUUCUACUUCUCCAUCCUAUUCACCAUCAUCUUCUUUCUUCCCAUUAUUAUUAUUAUUAUUAUUCUUCCCUUUUCCUUCUUCUUAUUCCCAUCUUCUCAUUUCCUCCAUCCUUUCACCUUUCUUCUUCCUUCCCUUAUUCAUUUUUAUUAUCCAUUAUUCCUCUUCCUUUUCUUCCUUCUUAUUUUAUCCUCAUCUUCUUCAUUUUCUUCUUCUCCAUCCUCAUUCACCAUUCCAUCUUCUUCAUCCAUUAUUAUUAUUAUUAUUAUUAUUAUUAUUAUUAUUCCCUCUUUUUUCCCUUCUUCUUUAUCCUCAUCUUCUUCAUUUUCUACUUCCAUCCCAUUCACCAUCCUCUUCUUCUUCCCAUUAUUAUUAUUAUUAUUAUUAUUCCCCUCUGCCUUUUCCUCCUUUUUUUAUCCCUCAUCUUCUUCAUUUUUCUACUUCCAUCCUAUUCACCAUCAUCUUUUCUUCUUCCCAUUAUUAUUAUUAUUAUUCCCUUUCCUUUUAUUUAUCCCUCAUCUUCUUUCAUUUUCUUCUUUCCAUCCUAUUCACCUUCAUUUUCUUCUUCCCACAUUAUUAUUAUUAUUAUUAUUAUUAUUUCCUCCCAUUUAUUAUUUUUAUUAUUCUUUAUUCCUCAUCCAAUCCUAUUCAUUUUCUUCUUUCUUCCAUCCUAUUCAUUUUCUUCUUCAUUCACCAUCCUCUUCUUUAUCCUUUUAUUAUUCAAUUAUUCCUCAUCCAUCCUCUUCUUUUAUCCUUUUCUUUAUUCCCAUUCUUAUUAUUAUUCCAUCCUAUUCACCAUCCUUUUCUUUCUUAUCCCUUAUCUUAUUAUUAUUUAUUAUUAUUAUUCCCUCCAUUUUAUUCACUUUAUCUCAUCUUCUUCCCAUUUUUAUUAUUAUUAUUCAUUAUUAUUCCUUCUUCCCAUUAUUAUUAUUAUUAUUAUAUUAUUCCUCUUCCUUUUCUUCUUCUCCAUCCUAUUCACCAUCCUCUAUUCACCAUCCCAUUAUUCUUCCCAUUAUUAUUAUUAUUAUUCCCCUUCCUUUUUCCUUCUUCUUUAUCCUCAUCUUCUUCAUUUUCUACUUCUCCAUCCUAUUCACCAUCAUCUUCUUCUUCCCAUUAUUAUUAUUAUUAUUAUUAUUAUUAUUCCCCUCUUCCUUUUCCUUCUUCUUAUAUCCUCAUCUUCUUCAUUUUCUACUUCUCCAUCCUUCACCAUAUAUUCACCAUCCUCCCUUUCCCAUUAUUAUUAUUAUUAUUAUUAUUAUUAUCCAUCCUAUUCCUUUCUCUUCCUUUUAUUAUCCUCAUGCCUUUUCAUUUUCUUUUAUCCAUCCUCUUCACCAUUUUCUUCUUCCCAUUAUUCCCAUUAUUAUUAUUAUUAUUAUUAUUAUUAUUAUUAUUCCUUUUUUUCUUUCUUUAUCCUCAUCUUCUUUCAUUUUCUACUUCUCCAUCCUAUUCACCAUCCUUCUUCUUCCCAUUAUUAUUAUUAUUAUUAUUAUUAUUAUUCCCUCUUCCUUUUCCCCUUUUUUUCUUUUUUAUCCUCAUCUUCUUCAUUUUCUGUUUCCAUCCUAUUCACCAUCCCCUUCUUUCUUCCCAUUAUUAUUAUUAUUAUUAUACACAUAUUUUUCCUUAUUAUUAUCCCUCCCUUUUUCAUUUUUACUUAUCCAUCCUAUUCACCAUCCUCUUCUUCUUCCCAUUAUUAUUACCAUUCUUAUUUUUCCCCCUCUCCUUUUAUUAUUAUCCUUAUCUUAUUAUUACACAUUCUCCUUUUCUCUCCUUUAUCCUCAUUUUCAUUUUCUACUUCUCCAUCCUAUUCACCAUCAUCUUCUUCUUCCCAUUAUUAUUAUUAUUUUUAUUAUUAUUAUUAUUUUGCCUUUUUAUCUUUAUCCUCAUCUUCUUCAUUUUCUACUUCCAUCCUAUUCACCAUCUUCUUCUUCCCAUUAUUAUUAUUAUUAUUAUUAUUAUUAUUAUUAUUAUUCCCUCUGCCUUUUCCUUUUCUUCUUUAUCCUCAUCUUCAUUUUCUUUAUUUCCAUCCUAUUCACCAUCCUAUUCUUUCUCCCUCUUCUUCUUCCCAUUAUUAUUAUUAUUCCUUCCUUUUCUCUCUCUUCUUUUAUCCUCAUCUUCUUCAUUUUCUACUUCCAUCCUAUUCACCAUCAUUUCUUCCCAUUAUUAUUAUUAUUUUUAUUAUUAUUAUUAUUCCUCUCCUUUUUCCUUCUUCUUUUUAUCCUCAUCUUCUUUCAUUUUCUACUUCUCCAUCCUAUUCACCAUCUUCUUCUUUCUUCCCAUUAUUAUUAUUAUUAUUAUUAUUAUUAUUCCCUCUUUCUUUUCCUUCUUAUUAUCCUCAUCUUUCAUUUUCUACUUCCAUCCUAUUCACCAUCAUCUCUUUCUUCCCAUUAUUAUUAUUAUUAUUUCUUCCUUUUUUCCUUCUUAUAUUAUCCCUCAUCUUCUUCAUUUUCUGA